GCGCUCACUCUCUCACUCAGCCUUUAGGCGCCGCUCAGGACGCUCAGUGCGCGCCGAACAACUCGGGUCACAGCCUGCGCACCGCAAACACAAAGAAACACCAUGUCGAGCGACGCGUCCUUCGAGUGCCGCCGGGUCAGCCCCUGCGUGCGCGGCAACCAGUUCGACACAGCGAACCGCAAGAAGGCUGUAGCCAACAUUUUCGAUAAUGUCAACCAGCACGCGCUGAUGCGGCUGUUCCAGAAAACCGGCGACAUGAAGGCGGAGGAGAGAGUGAGGAGCAUCUUCGACACCCAGGACCCAGAGGAGACGGCGCGUGCGCUCAUGGCUCUGAAGCAGCGAAAGAAGGACAAGUUCCUCCGCAUCACGGGGAUGCUGCGCCAGCUCCUCCAAGCGCGCUGAGCGGGUUCUCCUCUCUGUGACCCAGUCCCGUCUCUCCCUCUUCCUGCGGGCUCAGUGCGGGCCGGACCUGACUUGCACUGCCGUUAUGACUGGGUGACCGCCGUGGGUGCAGGCGAUCACCGGCUUCCUUGGCGCCGAGAGACGCGCACCGGAUGGCGCAGACGCAGCGGCUGUUGCUCCGUGGACGGAGAUGACAGCGGAGAGUCAUGGACCGACAGCGCAACAUCCGACUGGGGAUGAAGCGCAUCUUUGUCUUCCCUGCACACAUGAACCCAUGACUGCGUGACUGUGGGGCUGCGCCGCGCACAGGCGCACGUGAACUGAAGCCGGCGUACAUGGAUGCGCAGCUGCAAACUCAGACUAUGAUGCCAAAGAACAUGGCAAAAUGUGUCUGAAUCAGAAUGCCUGACUUUGACAUCGCGCCUUCUUUUACAACUAAAUGUUGUAUUUCAUUAGUGGCUACUGAUGUAUUUUGUUACAAACUACAACAAGUUCCUUUGUUUGUCAUUUUUAUGAAUAAAUUAUUAUAUUUGAUAC